AUGUGGGCCAACGCAAGUCAACGCGCAGCUCAGCAAACACCUGUCCAAAGGCAACAGCUCCCUCAGCCAUCGCAAACCCCCUCCCGUUCCUCCCAGACCCAAGGUCUUCCUACACCUCAACAAUCUCAACCAUCGCAUGAUGACAUGUUUCCUUCUGGUUCGCAGUUUGCAAAUCGACUCGAUGACUUUAGAAAUGGUGGCCAGGGUAUCAGUAGCCAACUCAGUGCGGGUGGCCAGCCCCAGCCAAGCAAUAUUGAAGAGUUUCCCCCUUUGGGUCGUAAUGCUGCUGCUGAGCUGCCUCUCGGUCGAACUGGUUCAUUGAUGCAAGGUGCGGGUUUUGGCGGCUAUGGAACUUCUAUGGGGGCACCGCGCUCGCCAGUCAGCCAAGUGCCCAAUGGCAUUUUGGGACAAGAGAAAGAAGAAUUGCAUAACGGUGUGCUUCCAGGCCAGCGUAAUUUUAGUGACCCACAACAGCUACAACAAAGGCAACCAGAAAAUAACGACGGACAAGAUGUUUCUAUCGCGCCUCAGAGCACUGAACAACCGCCCCUCGCACAGAUGAGUGAGCUUGACAGGUUUGGGUUGGCGGGUCUGCUGCGUAUGAUUCACAGCGAGAGUCCUGAUGUUGCAAGUCUUGCUGUUGGCCAAGAUUUGAUGACACUAGGAUUGGAUUUAAAUCAGGCGGAGCCUUUACACACAUCGUUUGCUUCACCAUUCGUUUCAUCGAUGUCAGCAGUCCCUUUGGAACAAGACUUCUCUUUGCCGGGAUGUUAUAAUGUCGCCAAUAUCCAACCCCUCCAGUCUCGCAUUCCCGGUUUCAGCGACGAGACCCUGUUUUUCAUCUUUUACAGUAUGCCUCGGGAUAUCAUGCAGGAACUGGUGGCCGAGGAAUUGAUGGGCCGCAAAUGGCGGUACCACAAGCUUGAACGAUGCUGGCUAACUCGCGAUGAGACAUAUCCUGGACCCGUUGACGUGGAACGUGGUGUGACGGAACGCGGCGUGUAUCUUCUAUGGGAUUCAUCUGCCUGGAAGAAAGUCCGACGUGAAUUCAUCCUUCGAUAUGAAGACUUGGAUAACCGGUUGGAUCCUAAUCGAGGCGCCGCUCGCCCACCUGGCGUGGUGCAUCAUGCCUCAUGA